GCGCAGAGCGGCGUGUAAACUCUAGCCGGGCUGGAGCAAACACUGGAUUAGCGGCAGCAGCCUGCAACCUGCCCGAGCAGUGCGGGGACCAGCGCGCUGCACGCCGACCGGCACGAUGGCCUCGUCUCAGGGGAAAAACGAACUGAAAUUCGCCGACUGGAUGGCAACUCUGCCGGAGAGCAUCCACAGCAUCCCCCUCACCAAUUUAGCCAUCCCAGGAUCUCACGAUUCCUUCAGCUUCUACAUUGAUGAAGCCUCUCCUGUAGGUCCUGAACAGCCAGAAACUGUCCAGAAUUUUGUCUCUGUAUUUGGAACCGUGGCCAAAAAGCUCAUGAGGAAAUGGUUAGCCACUCAGACAAUGAACUUUACUGGUCAGCUAGGAGCUGGAAUUCGUUAUUUUGAUCUUCGAAUUUCCACCAAGCCCAGAGACCCCGACAACGAACUCUACUUUGCUCAUGGUUUGUUCAGUGCCAAAGUCAAUGAAGGCCUUGAGGAGAUCAAUGCAUUCCUCACAGAUCACCAUAAGGAGGUCAUAUUCUUGGACUUCAACCAUUUUUAUGGGAUGCAGAAAUAUCACCAUGAAAAACUAGUCCAGAUGCUGAAAGACAUCUAUGGAAACAAAAUGUGCCCAGCGAUUUUUGCCCAGGAAGUUAGUUUAAAGUACCUGUGGGAGAAGGACUAUCAAGUGCUGGUCUUCUACCAUAGUCCAGUGGCUCUGGAAGUGCCCUUUCUCUGGCCCGGGCAGAUGAUGCCGGCACCCUGGGCCAACACCACAGACCCUGAGAAACUGAUCCAGUUUCUUCAGGCAUCUAUCACUGAGAGAAGAAAGAAGGGCUCAUUUUUCAUAUCUCAGGUGGUGCUGACCCCCAAAGCCAGCACUGUUGUCAAAGGGGUGGCAAGUGGCCUCAGAGAAACAAUCACAGAAAGAGCUCUUCCUGCCAUGAUGCAGUGGGUCCGCACGCAGAAGCCAGGAGAAAGUGGCAUCAAUAUUGUCACUGCCGAUUUUGUAGAACUUGGUGAUUUUAUCAGCACUGUGAUAAAGCUCAACUAUGUCUUUGAUGAAGGAGAAGCCAACACUUGAUAGCACUGUUUGGAGUGUCCCUGAAUAAGACAGAGAAGACUCAUCGUAUUAGGCAUAUUAUUUGUAAACACUCUGAUCUUCCUAUUCCACUGAGUCUUGGAAGGGAUUAGGGCUGAUAGUGGGUGGGAAAAGGGGGAAACCAUUUCUUUAGUGAUUAUAAUCAUAGUCUAUAUUACUAUAAAUAUUUCAUUUCCCAUUUGAUGAGCAAAAUCUACUUCUAGUGUUAGGGAU